GAUCCUCCUCCCCCACACACUUCUCAAAAAAAUCCCUCCCGCUCCUCCGCCACCGCCUCCCUCCUCCGCAUCGCAUUCACGCGGCCCGCGCCGCAGUCGCCGAUGGCCGCCGCCACCCUCCUCGGGGCCACGCGCCUCCUCUCCUCCCCGCUGCCGCGCCCGCGCCCGCGCCCACCCCUCCUCCCGCCCCGCCGCGGCCUCCGCCUCCUCCUCAGGCCCGCGCGCCUCCCCGCCCUCCGCGCCCACUGCCGCCCACCGCCUCCCGCCGCGGGGGAGGAGCCGGCGCGGCCCCAGCCGCUCCUCGCCCUCGACGCUCUCCGGAGGUCCGUGCUCGACUCGCUCGCGGCGCUCAAGCGGCCCGCGCUCGCUCUCCUCCUUGCCGGCGCGCUGCUCGCCGCGGCGUCGUCCGGCGGGCCGCACGCCGUGGCGCUGGCCGCCUCGGGCGGGCGGGUCGGCGGGUCCGCCUUCUCCUCGCGCUCCUCCUCGCCCCCAUCCUACGGGUACAGCGCGCCGGCGCCCAGGGGCGGGUACACGUCCGCGCCCUUCUACUCGCCCUCGCCCUUCGUCUCCUUCGGCCCGGCCGUCGGCAUCGGCUUCGGGGGCUCCGGGUUCCUCGUCGCACUCAUGGGCUUCGCUGCGUUCCUCUACCUCGCCGGGUUCCUGUCGGAUUCGCCUGGCAAUGGGAGUGUGCUCACCGAGACGCAGAAGACCACCGUCCUCAAGCUACAGGUUGGCUUGCUGGGCAUGGCCCGGUCAUUUCAGAAGGAGCUUGAUCAAAUAGCUGAGAAAGCAGAUACAUCUACCCCAGCUGGGUUGAGCUAUGUGUUGACAGAGACAACAUUGGCAUUGCUUCGGCAUCCAGAUUGCUGUAUCUCAGCUUACUCAACGGCGGAUGUGAAACGAAGUAUGGACGAUGGGGAGAAACGUUUCAAUCAACUAUCAAUUGAGGAGAGGGGCAAGUUUGAUGAAGAGACACUCGUGAAUGUGAACAGCAUCAAGAGGAACAAAACUGGCAGCCAAAGAUCAAGUGGUUUUAGCAAUGAGUACAUUGUGAUAACCGUACUGGUUGCUGCUGAGGGAGUACAUAAGCUACCUGCUAUAAAUAGCAGCAAUGACUUGAAGACAGCUCUACAAAAGCUUGGUUCCAUACCAUCAAGCAAAAUACUGGCAGUCGAGGUCCUAUGGACUCCACAGAAUGAGAACGACACAUUGUCAGAACGAGAGCUCCUUGAAGAUUACCCGCUUUUGAGGCCUCUAUAGAAAGAAAAAGGUUGCAGAUUGUGGCCCUGCGAGGAAGGAACAAAUUGUAGAUUCAGUUUUGGCGGUUUCCUUAUUAACUAUAGCACAGAUCUUAUAAUUGUAAAAAAUUAUAAUCUGUAAUUGACGUCAUUGUUAGCAGGCAACAUGAAAGUUGGAACAUGUAGCGCACUGCAGUGCAAUUGUAUGUCGGUAGACUUGUUCAGUGUUCCUGACACAAUCACACAAGUUUGUAAAUAGAUGGUGCUGAAAGAACAUUUGAGUCUGCAUUUUGCUUUC